UAAUGUCGAGUGGAGGGAGAGAGAGAUGAUGGAAGAUGGUGGGUGAAGGAAUGGGUGAGAAAGGGACGGUUGGUGGGAGGAGAGAGAUAGGUGAGUGGAGGAAGAGAAAGAAAGUCGAUGAAUGGAAGAACAGUGAGCGUGGAAGUGGAUAAGAAUGGAGAGAGGAAAAUUUUAAUUUUUAUUAUACUAAGUAAACAAAUAUUAAUUAUUAAUAAAAUUAUUUUAAAAUUAAUCAGCUAAUUAUAAUUUAUACAAAUUUUUAAAAUGGAUUAAAAUUGAUAAAAUUCAUAAAGGUUUAAUUUUUUUUAUCAUUUAAAUUUAAAUCAAGUUAAUAAAUCAUAUAAAAUAAUUAUAUUUUUAUUACAUUAGACACAAUCACGUUAGCACACCCAAUUUAAUUUUAAUCAUGGGUUAUAAUUAACACAAAUAUUUAAAAUUAAAAUAAAAUUAACAGAAAAAAAGAGAAUUUACUAUAAUUUACAAAAUGCAUAAAAAAUAGAGUUUUUAACAGCUUGGCAGAUUCUAUUAUUAGCCAUUCUCGCCAAUGCUGAACUGUACUGUAAGGUAAAAGAAAAGAAGAAAGAUCAUUCUCACUAAUUCUGAACUGUUGGGAGAAAGAAAAUUUAUAUCAAGACAGUUAUGGCGGUUAAUUAGACAUUAGGAGAGUCUUCAUUCUGCAAGGACCACGUCAACCAUCAAAUAAACAAGGAAAAUAACAGGGCAAUUGGGUCAACAUUAGAAACUUUAUAUUAUAUUGUAUCAUGCAAUGGUUCUGAUUACUACUAAAUAAUCACAUUUGCAUUAAUUUUCCAGCAGCCAUAGGUUCGUCGGUGGAAAACCCGCCAACUUCGGUUAUUCAUAUAUAACUGAACUUAGCCCAACUUUCUCUCUCUAUACCCCGCUUUUUUCUCUCUCUAGAAUUUCUCCAUGACAAUCGCUAUAUUUUGAAAUCCAUUUAUUGAUUUUUCCAAAUAUAUCAACUAACACAUACCAAGAACGAUUCAAAAUUUUCCUUCUUUUUCUUGCAUUUAUCCUACUUUAUUUUUCCUUGUAAGUUCCAUGCAUUUGCUUUCUCUCCUCUUCUGCUUCAUAUCUUUUUCAUUCUUUCUCUGUUUAGCGAGAUUUGGCCUGAUUUCGGUCUUUGGAGAUUUCAUAGAAGACUCCUUCAUUGGUUGUAUCCAAGUCCAUCCCUGCAUCAGAACAUUUCAAAAGCUACGAUCCAAGACUGGAAGAAUUAUCCAAGGUAACAAUCUUCUUUUCUUUUUUUUUUCCCCUUCAAUUGGUCCUCUUUUUUUAAUCUUGAAGUUUUUGUUUACCUUACAAAAUAGUACUGGUGGGGAUUUGCUACUUGUGGUUAGAAACCAAUCAUUAUAGAUUCAAAGAUGCAGCAGGAUGCGAGGCAACUGGAGGAGGAGCUGAUGAAUAUGAAAGAAAGAUUGGCUGCAGCAGAAAGAGACAGAGUGAGAUUCCGUGAUGAGCUGAAAGAGAUGAAAAAUGCGGCUUAUGAGGCCAAUGGGAAGCUAACUGAAGCAAUGUCCAAUAGGAAGGUUGCUGAUGUAUUUUCAGAGCUAAAUUCGGCAAUGGAAUCGUUAUCAAAAUCCAAUGAAGAAUUAAAAAUCAAAGAUAAAGCCAUUGCUUCUUUGAAGGUUGAACUUGACAAGGCAAAGGAAUUGGAAGCUAAAAUGGCAGAGAAAGAUGCCUUAUUGCAGAAAUUGAAAGACGAGAUGGAUAAAGUUCAAUCCUCUGAGGCUCAUGCAUUGGAUUUGUUGUCCAAAAGCAAAGAAAGAAUUCAGGAACUGGAAACAGAAUUAAAGAAAGGCAAGGACUCAGAGACGAAAAUGUUAGAUUCCUUGGCUGCACAAACAAAGCGUUUUGAGCUAACCAAGAUGAUGCUUGAAGAGUCGAAGCUCGAGGUCACUUCCCUCCAUGAUGAAGUAGAAAAAAUGGCUUCACCUAAAAACGAUGAUGAUAAAUCUUCAUUCCAAAAAGAAUUAGAGAGUCUCAAGUCUGAACUUGGGCUUGCGAAAGAAAACCUAGCUCGAGCCCAGGAAGGUGAGAAACUUUCAGCAGCGAAAGCUGAAGGUUUGCUUAGGGAGAUGGAAUUGCUUAAAAACGAACUGAAGCAAGCAACUGAAGCAGAGGGGAACAACAAGAAGGCAAUGGAUGACUUAGCAAUAGCACUGAAGGAAGUUGCAACAGAAGCCAACCAAAACAAGGAGAAGCUAAUCAAAACUGAAGAUGAGCUUGAGAGUUUGAAAAAGGAGUCGGAAGAAUUGAAACAGAAGUUCAAGAGCACCGAGGAGAAGCAUAAAAUUGUAUUGGAUGAAGCAAGGAAAGAGGCUGAUCUGUAUAGAAACACAGCUGAUAGGUUGAGAUUAGAAGCGGAGGAGUCACUUCUAGCAUGGAAUGGGAAAGAGACUGGCUUUGUUGAUUGUAUCAAACAAGCUGAGGAUGAAAAGACUCUGGCACUAGAAGAGAACAGUAAACUCCUAGAAGCACUUACAGCAGCUGAGAACUUGAACAAAACAGCUAAAGAAGAGAAUCAGAAGCUGCGCGAUAUACUUAAACAGGCCUUAAAUGAAGCUAAUGUUGCGAAAGAAGCUGCAGGAAUUGCUCAAUCAGAAAAUUCCCAACUCAAGGAUUUGCUGGCUGAAAAGGAUGAUGCUUUGAUCUUCAUUACUCGAGAGAACGAAAACCUAAGGAUAAAUGAAGUUUCAGCCAAUGAGAAUAUCAAAGAGUUGAAGAGACUGCUGGCUGAAGCUUCAGGAAAAGAAUUUAAGCCUGAAGAUAAGGAACAAGAACAAAAGCUGAAGUCACAGAAUUCGAUGGAGAAGGAGGUGGCCCAUAAAGAAAGGAAACUGAGCAAUGCCUUUAGCAUUAAUCUGAAGGAUCUAAUAAUUCACCCUAAACACAAGGAUAUACAUGAGGAUCAGAAAAUUUCUGAGAAGAACAAUGAACAUGACGAGGAGAACGAGGACUCUGAGAAUGCUGACCCUCUUAAGGGAUCAAUAUUUGAUGUAGAUUCACCUGUAGCAACAGCAGCAGCAGCUAAUGAUAAACACCACAACCAUCACCACCAUCACCAUCAUCGGAGAAAGUCCUCUACAUUUGCGGAUGAAGAAGCAAUAAAUGCUGAAGAUUUAGAACAUCUAGAUGGGACUCAUAUUGAUGAUGUGGAGAUUGAAAGAAACUCCAGGAAGAAGAAAGCAUUGUUAAGAAGAUUUGGAGAUAUUAUAACAAGAAGAAAAGGUGUUCACAGAAGGGAAUCAUCACUGGGUGGUGAAAGUCACAAGAAAGAACCCUCAUCAGCUGGUGGUGAAGCUCACAAGAAGGAUCCCACAUCUUCUGGUUCUGAAGGCCACAAAAAGGAGCCUUCACCGCUCGGUGUCAGUAGUGAAUCUCUCAGAAGGGAAGCAUCACUUGGUGAAUAAACAUAUUUUCUAUAUAAUUUCCAACAGCUUGUAGCUCUGAUUCAUUUGCAUUUGAUUAAUUUUCUUUUCUUUUUUUUUUUUUAAUUCUUUUAAACUAUAGGGUAAAAAUUUCAACAGUGUCUAUAAUGUGAAUAUGGUUCUCAAUUCUCAUUAUCUUUGUUAUAAUGUUUCUUGGAAAAAAAAUAAAAUUAAUCAGAGUGUGUAUAAAUUGAAAAAAUUAUAUUUAUGUAUAUUAUCAAUCGCAGUUAGCUCAUU